AUGACUAAUGCCACUACUACUACUAAUAAUAACAGCAGUAAUAAUGAGACAAAGGUAAAUAGUGGUAGUAGAUACACAUUUAGUAAAAAUAGUAUAAUAUUUGAUGGGACGUUUUUUCCACCAUUAGAAAAAGUUUUAAUAAAUAAAUCUGGAACACCUUUAUCACAAUACAAUUUUCAUUCUUAUUUGAGACAAGAAUGGCAAGGUCAAGAAAAUUUGAAUUUUUGGUUGGAUGUUGUCACUCAUGAAAACUUGUUUGAAUCAUGGCGUUCUACCUCCAGUGCUGAAGAAGAUACUGUAGCUUUAUCAUCGAUAGAUUCAAAGAAUCCUGUAAUAUCAUCAAGUUCAAAAUUUAAUUCUACUACUUAUGGAAUAAAGGGAAGCGGGAGAAGUAAUGAUGAAAAAAAUGAAGGAGAAAGAAGUCAUAAUGUGAUUUCUGUCAUUGAAGAUAAUGAUUAUGGUGAUAACAGCAGUAGCAGUAACAGCGACAAUUUUUAUGAUAAACCAAGAAAAAAUGGUCAUAAACUAGAAAUUAUUAAACGUAUUAAUGAAGAAGAUUUGGCAAAAUCAGCUUUAAGUAUUUACAAGAAAUAUGGUCACAUGAAUAUCUUACCAGAAGAAAGUAGAACUACAAUGCAAGAUCUCAUUGAACGUCAAGGAAGAUACAAUCCUGUGGUGUUCUCAUCUGCCAAAUCAUACGUUUAUCAUAUAAUGAAUGUGAUAUAUUUUCCAAAAUUUAUUCAAUCAGCUAUUGACAUAAACAUUUCACAACUUCAUGCCAUAAUAGCUUUACCAUUGGGAAUAAUUGCUUUGACAAGUGGAUUUGCGUUUGAGCUUUAUAGUAUUUUUGUCGGAAUAGAUAAUAGAUUGGCAAGAUUAUGGGCUUUUCCUGCUAUAUUAAUAGGUUGGAUAUUAUUACAGACUGCUGCUACUAGAUUUUCACCUUUACUCGUACUUUUCAAUACAAGAAUUAAAGAGAAGCCAGUGAUAAGUGCACAUAAAAAAAGAGCACUAACAUUCAUUAUGUGGGAUGCACUUGCUGCAGUAUUGACACUUGGUAUAUUAUUUGCUAUACCUCCAAUUGCGUUAUAUGACACAUAA